CACCACCGGCGCCGCCAGCACUCAGUCCUGUCGUGUCGGCCGACGGAAGAGGACGCGCCCGCUCCCGAGCGACUGACUCACACUCUGCACCGGACAGACUCCAGUGGACACACACCGAGAUGACUCGCUCAGCUGUCACUGUUGUGGUGGUGCUGGCGGUGGUGAUGUCCUCGCUGCUUCACCAGGGUGAUGGUGCCGUCAUCAAACCGUCCACAGAGAAAGCCACGAGCUCGUCCAGCACCACAACUCCUGCGAAACAGACUACCAAAGCGGCCACCUCGACCACUGCCAGGACUGUCAGCAGCAGUUCGACGGAGAAGGGAGCGUCAGCGAGCGCCAGCGGGCAGACCGGGGCGCCCAAGAAACCCACCACCACCACCACCACGACACCGUCUCCCCUGGCCGACUUCGAGGCCGAUGAGUUGAUCCCCUUCAACGGCCAUCUGUCAGCGUAGCCGUGGAGGUUAUGAGAUGGGUUGGCGCUUGAUUGGAGUUGUUUUAGUGCAGCUCAGUUUCAACUCGGCUGGGGGACCGUUUGGCUGAGGGAAUCGCUUUGUCGGGAUCGUGAAAAAUUCCGAACGGCGUCCUAAACGGUCGAUGUGAUCGUUCGGUCAACUGGUCGAUGUGACCUCAAGACCUCGCCCACCAAGCAUUACGAACGAAUGAAGUUCACAGGGUUCCUGGAUCGUAGAAGUUACGGUCCUUGAAAUUUCCAGAACAUCUUGAAAGAAACUGGUCAUCUUUAUAUGAUACCAUGAACUAUGGUUCUAGUAUUAUACUUCUUGACUGGCCUUGGGCCGUCGAUAGGGGUUUGUCUGGGCAUCAAACUGUUAAUUGGUUACGUCCUAUAGUUGUGUGAGCGUUUACAGCUGUGUAGGAUGUUCCAAACACCGCCGUAUAGGCUGUGUCAGUGCACUUGAUCUCGCGGUUAGCCACCGGAAGCCGAGUUCUACGGUCGGGUGCCAACCGCGCUCAAAGCGACACGUCCGCGUCCGUUCCUCGCGGAAGUAAAAGUAUCGUCCGCUCCUUCGCGUUUGCGUGAGUGUGAUAUUCGUCACAGGUUCGCUAGCCCAGCCAGUGACUGCCAGUGUGUUGUGAUUUUGAAACAUGGGCAUCUUGGGUGAGAGCGGUAUAUGAGCGUGAGUUAUUUAUAUAUGUAGAAGACGGUCUGUGUGGAUGAGAGAACUGUUACGGGUGAACUCUAUGUACACUGUCACCUGCAUUCCUUCGUCAUUGACAUUUUACUGCGGUUAUGAGACGUUUCAACAAAUAGUGCAGCAAUGCUUCAUGAAAUUAUCAUUGUUCAUUUAUGAUGUUCUUCUACGUAGUAACCGCCGUUCUAUUCGAAUGUUUUAGUCAGCCUGCUAUCAUCGUUUCAGUGAAAGUCUUUGAAUGCGAACAGGGUGCUUGAAUCAAGCCAAUGUGCAGUAUUGCAGCUAGAAGGGCGGUGUGUUCUUGUAAAGUGUGUGAACGUGGCAUUUUGUUCAGGUUUUGGACCAGUUCUGAAGAGGAGUUGUGAACUGGAACAGUACGUUCUCAGCUCAAUGGUCGCUGAGCCUCUGGCAGGCAUGACAGCAUCACAUGACCAUGAAUAUGUACUGUAGCCCUUGAACGUCAUGCAUACAUUGUUCGUGAUAAAUACAUAUCGUAGAUGAAGAAAAUCAAUUUGU